AUUAAAAAAAAAAAAAAAAAAGCAACCAAACUGCAUACAGAGAGAGGGAAUCGAUUUAAAAGAAAAGAAAAUUCAAGAAAAGCCGAACCUUCCGGCAGUAUUGUUGUAUGGCGAGACCCAUGAGCGCCACCGCGCGACCAACACAGUCCUCGUCACCCUCCGUGACCGUCACUACCACCGUCGCAUCUCAGUCCCAACAACCACCCCAUCAACAACAACAGCCACAACAAUCACAACCUGAAACCCUAGUCCUCCGCCUCAACCGCAAGAAGAAGAAGGUGACUUGGAAGGAAGACACCGUGGACAACGAGUUCAUGCAGAAGAAGAGCUCCAAGAAGUGCUGCAUCUUCCACAAGCAGAAGCCCUUCGACGACGACGAUACUGACAGCGACAGCGACCACGAUCCCGAUCCCGAUCACGAUCACGACCACAACCACGACCACGCUUCUUGUUCUUCUUCCCAUCACUCAUGAUUCUCUCUCUUUUGCAGUCACUUGACAAAGGUCUGAAGGAAAUAUUUGUGGAAGGUUCCCUCCUCAGCCAUGCAGGACUCAGGUGAUGGUUUUGUUUUAAGAACUACUCUAAUUACAACCAGUGGUUCCGAGGACUGAAAUCAACCAUAACAGUGAACUAACUGAGAAAAUCAAGAUGAGAAUUUUUUCUUGUGCAGAAAAAGUAUACUCUUCCUUGUAACACAUUUCCACCUUUAUGUAAGUGGGGCAUUCAUCGUCAGUCUUGAUUUUAUUGGCUAUUUCAUUCCUUUCUUUAUCCAUAACUCUAAUAAGCAGGUAAAAGUAAAACCAGUAAAUAUCAUGGAUUGCUGUUUAUUUUUUUCUAUCA